GACGAUUAUAAAUCAAGGAAAUCGGAUCCCGGUGCUGGGAUGGUCAACCUGUUUCCUGUCUCUUGUCCUGUGUCGCUGGAAGAAGCUUGCCAGAGAAGGAGUCGGCCGAGAUGAGGAAGGAAGACACUGUGAAGUUGAUCAGCGCCGAGGGCUUCGAAUUCGUCAUCGAUAAGAAGGCUGCCAUGGUCUCUCAAACCAUUCGCAAUAUGCUCACCUCUCCAGGGGGUUUCGCUGAGGCGCAGCACGGAGAAGUCACUUUCCCCGAGAUAAGCACCACCAUUCUCGAGAAGGUCUGCCAGUACUUUUACUGGUCUCUCCAAUACGCCAGCCGCUCAGCAAAUACUAUGGAGGAGGUGCCAUUUCCACCAUGCAAUUCCCUUUCAACUAUAGUCUCUGUAAUUCCAGCUGUGUGCCAGCAAUAAGGAAUCCUUACAGACAGCAACGAAGGGCCCUGGCGGGAAGGAGACUGAAUUCCAUAUUGAACCUGAGCUGACCCUCGAACUCAUGAUGGCUGCUAACUAUCUGCACACUUAAUAGCAUCAAUUCUCUUCUAUGGCAACCAAACAUGGUUGGCAUGGUAAGCCUCUUCUUUACAUGCAUAUGCCUAUAUUUGUACAUUCCAUGCUUUCUUUUUUCUUGUUUGCUUGGACCGUUUGAUUUAAUUGUUCUCUGUUCUUGCUUAGUUUCAUUUCUUUUCAAUCAGCCACACCCUCUCUCUUGAUUGACCAGCCACACACCAAAAUGAUGAACGCCCCAGCAAACCUAUUCUCCUGAGCUCUGGCGACCCAUUCUUCCUUACCUCCAAGAGCCACCCUCACCUGCUGGCAAGCCUACUAUUUGGCCAAAUCCCAAUUUCGUUUUGCUUCUCUUGGUUGUUGGGCUUGAGUUCGUUCUUUUUCUAUUCUGUCGCUUGAAUGAAUACACUUGAUCAGCUCGACUUCCGCAAAUGCAACCCCAGAUUUGGGUUUAAAUUUGGGGAUAAGAAACUUCAGCAUUGGAGCCGUCAGAAUUUGCCUGUGCCUUAUCAUAUUUUUUGUAAGUCACUGCGGUCGGCUGUUGACUCAAACUUUGCAAUUGCUGCCCGAGCCUUGUCGAGCUACGGAUUUGGGUUACUGGACCUAGAUCUGGGUCGCUGACCCUAACUUUGGUUUGGUCAACUGUAUUUCGGCAAGGGUUUGCUCUAUACUUGCCAGCCAAAAAAAAAGCAGCGAGAGGAGAAUGAGCAGUGAAGUAAAAAAAAAUGUAGAGUAGGGGUAUUUAUUUUAGUCAAAGUAAAAUAAUUAAUUAUCUAAUGAAAUACAUCAUCUUUUUAGUUUUUAUCCUCAAAAUAUUGAAUAAGCACAUCAUCAUCAAAUGCAAUGUUAAAGUUUUCAUUUUGAGGAUCCUUGAUAUAUGGUGGGUGUUUGUUGGCCACGGUACAAGGUACAAAGAUGUGAAGAUUGCUCGUCACAUUUGCUGUUGCCUACCAAAAGAUCGUUUCCUUAGGUCUUGCUUUCGUUGUGAUCAUUACAUAAAGGGAGCAGUGUUGGGAGAGGAUCUGAUGUAGGGAGCCAGUAGAUAUUGGAGGAUUUUUUUUUUUUUUUUCAAAGGUAGAUAUUGGAGGAUGUAACAAUACCAUGAUGGAUUGAACUUGUCUGAGGAAGGUGACAAUGUGUUUGUAUGUUUUUCUUCAUUAAUCAAGUAACGAUGUACUACUGUAAAUUGGUGAA